GAACAUAUCGGCGGUCGGUCGGCAAAACGAUCGCGCAAUUUCAGUCGUCAUAAUCCGAGUCAUCUUUUUGAACCCAUCAAGAACCCAUUAGCAUGUCCAGCCUUCGUUAGUACCCUCAAAGUCGCGGCUCUCCUCUCAACCGCACUCUCAGGAAAUGCUCGUGAAUGCAGCUGCUGAAAAUGCACUGGGCACUCUAGGAACGGUCUGUUGGACUAUCCAACUGUUACCACAGAUCUGGAAGACCUGGCGUGAGAAAUCCACCGAAGGGCUCUCACCCUGGCUCGUGUGUGUUCUUCAUCUUAUCGUUAUCGCUCUCAGCCUGACAGAUCUUAUCCUACCUAGCCUUAUCUGGGGCCUUACUGCUAUAUUCCUAGGGGUGUACGCCAUCGUGCAAAAGCUCAGCAUCGCACUCAUAGUACAGCCCCAACUUUUUGGAACAUUAUCCUUGAUAUCAUGGGGACAGUGCCAAUACUACGACAACAACUGGUCUAUAAAACGUUCAGUCCUUGCGGUCGUAUCCAUCGUCUCCCUAAUAGGCGGUCUCCAAGCAGGAAUGGUAUUCGCCGUGCGACCCUCGUACGAACAUGGAAAUCACCGCGGUGUUGAUUUCUUCGGUGUCUUCGCCUCAGUCAUGCUCUCCGCCGGCCUUUUACCCCAAUUUUACGAGAUUUAUAAACACAAGGAAGUCAUCGGGAUUUCGAAACUCUUCAUGCUGGUUGAUUUGUUGGGAGGUGUUUUCUCUCUGCUGUCCUUGGUUUUUAGAGAUACCUUUGAUGUCCUUGCAGGGGUUGCAUAUAGCUUGGUCGUCGUUCUGGACGGAGGAGUUAUACUACUAGCAACGAUUCUCAACCCUCUCGCUCACAGACGGCGGCAACGUGCUGAAGAGGAAGCAUUGGAAAGCGGGGUCGAAACACCAACAGCAACUUCGACUCUGGAGAAACAUGACUUUGAUCCUAGUCCCUCGGAAAAGGUACCCGUGUAAUGAUUAGAUUGUAUAAUGUCUACAACGUAAGCUUAAUAAAUAGAGACGACAACAAUAAUAGAUCCUCCCUCGUCAUACUCGUGUACGCUCCUCAUCCGUGUUACUGCUGCUCUCGUCCGUUCCAAGUUUUGAGUGACCACGCGAGCUAGAGGUAUAGGUCAUUUCGUCGUCGUCAAACAAAAUAUUGUCGUCUU